GUCGCUCUCUGGGUAUUUGAACCGCGCUUCCGCCAUCUUUCCAGCGCCCAGUCGCUGAGGGGAGAGGCACGGAGAGGAGCCGCGGGAAAGACCCAGCAUGGCCGCCCAAGGAGAGCCCCAAGUGCAGUUUAAGCUUGUCCUGGUUGGUGAUGGCGGUACUGGCAAAACAACAUUUGUAAAACGUCAUUUGACUGGUGAAUUUGAAAAGAAGUAUGUAGCAACGCUGGGUGUUGAAGUUCAUCCUCUGGUGUUCCAUACUAACAGAGGUCCCAUUAAAUUUAAUGUAUGGGACACAGCUGGCCAGGAGAAAUUUGGUGGCCUGCGAGAUGGCUAUUACAUUCAAGCUCAGUGUGCCAUCAUAAUGUUUGAUGUAACAUCAAGAGUUACUUACAAGAAUGUACCUAACUGGCAUAGAGAUCUGGUACGAGUAUGUGAAAAUAUUCCUAUAGUGCUGUGUGGCAACAAAGUGGAUAUUAAGGACAGAAAAGUCAAGGCAAAAUCCAUCGUCUUCCACAGGAAGAAGAAUCUCCAGUAUUAUGACAUUUCAGCUAAGAGUAACUACAACUUUGAGAAGCCUUUUCUCUGGCUUGCUAGAAAGCUAAUUGGAGAUCCUAACUUGGAGUUUGUUGCCAUGCCUGCUCUUGCACCACCAGAAGUUGUUAUGGACCCAGCACUGGCAGCACAGUAUGAGCAAGACUUACAGAUUGCUCAAACCACUGCACUGCCAGAUGAAGAUGAUGACCUGUGAGGAAUGAAGCUGGAGCCCAGCGUCAGAAGUCUAGUUUUAUAGGCAACUGUCCUGUGAUGUCAGUGGUGCAGCGUGUUUGCCACUUUAUUAUCUAGCUGAGCAGAACAUGUGCUUAAUCUUUGGGAUGCUGAAAGAGCUGAAUGGGCUUCGGAGUGAAUGUGGCAGUUUAAAAAAACUUCAUAUUUUGGACCUGCAUAUUUAGCUGUUUUUUGGACUGCAAUUAUUUCCCCUUUGAGUUUCAAAUAUAAGACUGCUGCAGUCACAUCAGAGUAUUAAAUGGUAAAUCUUGUUUCUGUCAUUCCCAUUCUUUUUUGUUUAGAUAAUAAAGUUGUAUUUCAAAUAUCUCUAAGCAAGUGAACUUUUAUGCAUUGCUAGGAAUAAUUCUUCAAAAAAUGUCUUCUGCCCUUCAGUUGAGGCUAAUAUUUGGUUGUCUACUCUAUCUCUCCUUUUCCUCUAUUGCUCUUCUGCACACCCUUUCCCCUGUGUUUCUUGUUAUGCUGCUCUUACUAAGUCAGAGCUGACAGUUAUCCUUCCCUGUAUUUCCUGAAGCCUGUAGUUAAGCACCUGAGGAGAGCUGGAUUAACUGCCAGGUAAAACUAAAGCAGUGAGCACUUGACUGGUAAGUGUGACUGAAUCAACAAAUAAGGAUAAACUGUCCCCUACAAAUGGGCAAUUCUUGCAAUCUGCAGGGUUUCUUGAGUAGUUCAGCUUGCAUAUGCUACCUUUAGAUAUAUUCUCUGAACUCUAAUUUACAAUAUGUUCUGUAACAUGCCUUCAGAGCUCUGCAUUUUAGUAGCCUGAAACAAAUGACAUCUAGAUCUGUUAAGUGAUGUAAAGCUUUAUCUUUGCAUGGAACAUCAUUCAGUAGAGCUAUAGCUGAUUAAAAAAUUCUACUCAAUUCACUAAUUAGAAAACAGUAGUUGAGCUAAAAAGCUCUUGGUUACAAAACAGCAUAUUAACUAAAACCACACUUGUAUAAAUAGCAAGACUUUACUGUAACUGCACCAAGUUCUUAAUUUGGAACUCUAGCUUAUUACAGCACAAAUGGUGGAAAAUGUCAACUUUUAACACUAUCUUGUAGAAAUUAAUCUUGGUCAAUAUUAGUACUGCUAGUAAACAGAAUAUAAGUUUAAGAUUCCAUUUUUCAGUAGUGUUUGAGUACAUGAAGCCUUGAACUCUUCAGUUUUGUAUUUUGGUUUAUUAAUAAAGUGAAGCAUUUCAUUUAUUCCUCUUAAUUUGCAUGUUUGUGUACAUAACUCCUGCUACUUGAUUAUUUCUUAAAUAACACUUCAACCAUUCUGAUACGUGGUUGCAAGAGAGUGAAGUAUGAACAUCUAAGUUCUGUAUUGCUUAACUAGUUAAUGUGAGUUAUGGUAUUUAGAACCUGAAACUAACUAAUGAGGAGUACUUUAUCUGCUACAAAGUAAAAAGACCCAACUCCCACUUAAAACAUUCUGUUGAAUCUUGCUGCAUCGCCUUGCUUGAACUUCGUAUUUUGGGUUUGUGUCUGUAGUCCCUAAUUUACCUAUGUGUACUGUGGCUAAUAUUACUAGCUUGAUCAUAUGCUGCUGCUUUACUAGGUGCAGUAGCUCUUUUCCUUUAAGUUGUCAUGCUUCUGAGAACAUUGCUUUGAAAGUGCAGGUUGUAAUAAUUCUGUAGUGUUAACUCCUUAAAAGAAGUUGCAUUUUUUCUCCUUUUAUUUGUAUUCUCUGACAGUGUAUGCAUUUAUGCUGUGGUAUCUACAACUCGCCUGCAGUACUCAGGUGUAAAACUGCUGAGGUUUUUGCUUUGUAACCUUAAUCCUGCCAACUCCACAAAAACUACUCUGAUGUAGGUGGUUAUACUUGGCCUGCUGUAGUGUAAUCUUUGUAGUUUACAAUGUUUUGAGGGUGUGAUUAAGUCCACUAGUUUACAGCUUUAUAUUCAGUUUGUAUCCAGAACCUGUUAACUAUUGAUUAUAAAUAAUGGCAGUAGUCUUGGUUGGCACGUGUGCAAAUUCCUUUCAGCUGUAGUUCCUUAUCUAUAAUACUUCAGAAGACUCAGAGCUGCAGACAACUUUCAGUAGCUGUCCAACAAUCUUUUUAAAUCUAUUUAAGUAAUGAGGAAAAUUAAAAUUUGCCUAUAAGUGCUUCUGUGCCAAAUAGUCGCAUCAGUGUAUAGUUAGUGCAACUGAACCCAUGAGACUAUUCCUUGCAAUGCUCACUGUUCUACUUGCUUGAUUGUUAGAUGUGUGCAUGGUUGGGUCAUGAUAAAGGUAGUAUAUACUAUGUUCUUUAUACCUCAGUUGUUUGUGCAUUUGCAUGUGCUAAGGUGUUUAGUUUCACAGCUCUAUUUUCCUACUGGAGACCUUACUGUAUUCAGUUUUUGCAAGCAGGAGGAGGUGUUGGAAUGUUUACUGUUCCUGCUUCCAUGAUGAAGGCUUGAGGGCUUCAACUGUGAGUCCAGAGGCUUGUAUUAGAAAAGGAAUUGGGAAAUUGGUGCAUGUUCAAACUUGAACAUAAGGCAAAAGCAUCAGUUAAGAAACUGGUAGAGGAAGUAUUUCACUGCUGUAACCACGUAUUAUUACUAUACCUUUUAAGUGAAAGGAGCAUUAAAGGCCUGUUUAGGAAAAAUAAGGUUGUCCAUGGUAGAUCUCUGAAGAUCUCAACAGGAGGUUUUUAAUGGAGAAAUUCCUCUAAUCUUCUAGUUAAAAUAUGCUGCUUCAUCUACAGCAACUGGAGUGCCAUGCAGCAGGAGGGUCAAAGUCUGCCCCUUUUGCUUUUGAUAUAUAAGUUGCAGUACAACAGAACAUAUUCUCAUCUCAGACAUGGUUUUUCUCUUGCCUUUUUUUCUGUUAGUCUUGAACUAAACUGGUGGAAAAAGUGCUGAGACAAACUUCUCUUCUGCCUUUGCCUUCCUAACAUGCAAUCACAGCUUGGCUAAAGUCAGCUGCUUUCCUGACCUGGAUUGAUAGUACUAAUCAGUUCUCUUGCCUGAGCUUUGGCAACAGUAAAGUAGGACCUUUGUAAAGCCUCUACAGUAGGACUGAUACAGCUGUCUUACAAACAACUGAGAAACAAUCUCCUAUGCUUCGCUUGUUUUUAAAUUGGUACUUCAUAAGCUGGUUUUUUUUUCCUGUGCUAAAAGACUUAAUUUAAGAAUGUUUGUUUUUCUUAGCACAAGCUAGUUAUAUGAAUAUCCCGUAAGUCUUUCUGUGCAUCCUCAAGCUUUGUCUCUACAAAUAGCCAGAAUCAGUAAACAAACUGAGGACAAA